GUAUUGGCAAUGCCAAAUAUCGUUCCGGAAAAAUUGGGUGCAAUGUCAAGGCCGUUUCCAAGAUAGCCCGCUGUAACUCCACCGUUUAUCGUCAAAGCAACGGUAAAAAUUGCCACGGACAUCGUAGGAUCGCGACCAAGUAUCGAAACGCAGAAAGUCAAACUCAAGGAUAACUCGCUUCGGUAACGCGCGUUACAUCCUGUAACACGGUUCACCGGCCGGUCAAGACGAAUAAGAGGAUGAGAAAGGACGAAAGAAAGGAAGGAGAAAGAAAAAAAGAAAAAGAAUUAGGGGGAGAGAAGAACCACGAGAGAGGGCCCACCUUCUUUCUUGUAGCUGUUGGCGAAUGUUAAGAUGAAAAAAGAAAAAAGAAAAGAAAGAAAUGAAGGAUCCCGAUGUUUUCCUGGUCCAAACUGGUUUGGCUGCGAUAUAUCCUUAUGCGAGACGAAUCGAAGAGCUGCGACGAAGUCACGUUAUUACCAUUGUAGUCUCGCAGUUCACACAGUUAGAAGAAAAUAGAAAAGGCACGGAAUUAAUUUUAGACAUUAGUGAUGAACACAAGGCUCAAUAUUUAAAUCAAGAUUUUUAUUCAAAUGCAUAUAAUUACGGUUAUGAGGUGAGUCCUAAUGGACAAUUUCAUCACGAAAUGCAUGGACCAGACGACAUUACAUAUGGAUGUUACGGCUAUGUAGAUCCUUUUGGAAAAUUAAAAACAACAUUUUACAUAAGUGAUGGAUGGGGAUAUAGAGUAGUCCACCCAGGACAAAAUGUCGAACUAUUUUUUCACGAACAUGAACAUCAUGAGAAUAGUCAAUCUCAUGAGCAUGAUAAUGACGAUCAUCAUGAUCAUCACGGCAUUCUAAGAGCUUGGGAUAAGUUACAUUUUCCAUCCAUAUGUGCACAAUUUGAAGGAACGAAUACUAAUCCUACUGUGAUACCACCAUCAGAACCAGAAACACUUGGGGCCCCAGGAAUUCCUGGAAUACCUAAAUAUCCUACCACUCCUGAUACACCAGAAACACCACCUCGGUCUGGAUACCUCAGAAAAUCAGAAACUCCUACGAUUCCAGGAGAAUCAGAAUCUCCAACGUCGUCAAGAACUCCUAAUCUUCCAGGAAGACCAGGCACAUCGAGAAAACAGGAAACACCAUCGUAUACUGAAUACUUUAAAAAGCCCGGCACACCAGAAAUUCCUAGGCUCUCGAACAUUCCAGGAAAACCAAAAACUCCUGACAUUCCAGAUACACCAUCACAUCCUGAAUUCCCUAGGAAACCUGCAAGAGUAAGGAUGUCUAGUACUCCAAGCACACCGGAAAAGCAAUAUUAUCCGGAAUAUCCUAGCACAUCUGGAACAUCUGUAACUCCAGGAAAACCAUUCCAAUCUUCACACCCUGACACAUCCAUUACUCCUGUCAUUCCAGAAAAACCAUCGCAUCCUAUACAAUCAGAUACUCCUAGUAUUUUAAGUAGACCAAAAACUCCUGGAACUUUUGUUACUCCAGGCACAUCAGGAACACCGUAUUAUCCGAACUAUCAUGAAAGAUCAAGAACUUCUGACAUUCCAGGCAUAAUAAGAACACCAUUGCAUCUUACGUACCCUGAUACAUCAAUAAGUUUUGGUACACCAGAUAAAAAAGACACUCUUGGUCCAAAUUCAUUCGGAAUACAAUUCAGAAAUCCUGGCACACCAGAGACUCCUGGAAGUCCGGGAACACCAGAAACGCCAGGAACACUACCGCAACCUACAUACCUGAACACAACAAGAACUUCAAAUAAUCCGGAUGACAAAGAUAGUCCUUCAUCACCUUCAACCUCUACCGCAUCAGAAGUUUCGAAUAUUUUAGGCGUAGUAGAUAAUUCUGGAGUAGAAGAAUUACCAGCUCCUCAGCAAUUAGACGCACCAGGAACAUCAUCGCAACUUGUAUCCAUGCUUCAUCCGGCCAUACCAUUGAGUUCUGCGUAUUUGGAUGCAGGAGUGGUUCUUAAUACUCAAGGUAUACUAGAUCCUCAAAAUUCACCCGAUAUUCCUGUAUUAACUCGAAUUUCGAACUUUUUAAGUGAAUCAGAAUAUUACAUAUUAAAAACACCAUCGAAUCCUUCAACUCCUGGCACACCAGAAAUAAUGUACUCGAAAACAUUUACCAUAGACUCUUCAGAUCUAUCAUCAUCUUCUUCACACCCUAACAUGACUGACAAUGUUAUAUUAACAUCAGCAAGCUCACAAUCACCAUCUUCUGAAAUUCUUAGCAUUGCUGCAGCAACAAUAGGAAUUUCUGACAGUUCAAAAAAACCAGAGACACUUAAACAGAUAGGCAUAGCCAAUUCUGCAUACCCAAGCACUUCUGCAUACCCAAGCACUUCUGCAUACCCAAGCACUUCUACACAUCCAAGCACUUCUACACAACCAAGCACUUCUACACAAGCAGAUAUUUCUGAACACUCUAUAAAACGUACGUUGUCACAGAUAGCUGCAUCUCCUGAAGAAUCAUCCCAUUCUAAAAUUCCUAAACAAUGCAAUAAAAGUACUCAAACAGUCAAAAAACGAAAGAGACCAAACGUAAAAAAAACACGUAAAAGACCCAAUAAUCAAUUUAAAAUAGUAUCGCAUAGUAGAACCCACUCGCAGUCUACAUAUUCUGGUAUACAAUGGACUUCUGGUAUUAUGGCAGUACAUGGCAUGCCAUCGACUUCUGCGACUUCUAGUGGUUAUGGUAAGCAAGACAUUAGGACUUCAAGUACUUCAGGUGGAUCAGACAGUCCCACAGAUCAAUCAUCAUCGUAUUCUUUAACCCCAGAUACACAACCAAACUCACAAUUAGCAUCAUCUUCUAAAAUUCUUGCCAUUGUCAAAAGAAAACGAGAAAUUCUCAAUAUUCCUAGAUUUCCUCGCAGAAUAAAAAGACAAUUCUGUACUAACAUCUAUGAGAGACCAGAAAUACCACUCAGCCCUGAAAAGGAAAAUAUUCCAGGACAAUAUAGCACAACAGAAAUAACACACUCUGGCAAACCAUUAACUCCAGACAUUACAGAACCACUAGCAAGAACAUCAUUUCUUGCACAUUCGAGCACUCAAGAAAUAUCAUCAUUACCUGGCACAGCGGGGCCUUCUAGUGUUCCAAGUGGGUUACAAAUUAGUAAAUUUCCCAAAAACCGUAGUAGAGGAGAUUCUAAUUCUACGAGACUCCAUCAUCCUAUAUCUAUUACCGUUUAUAAAAUAGGUAAAGAUGGUCUUAAACAUACUCAUGCAUCAGAAACAAUACAAAAUACUUCCCUUUCUUCAUCUACAACAGACCCUCCUGCACAGUUUGCCAUACAAAGUACUUCUCGUACAUCACGUAAAUUAGACUUCUCUAAAUACGUUGGCACAUCAAAAGAAAUAUCAUAUAGUGAACAUUCUCGCAUACCAUCGCAUUGCAUUCGUGAUAUUGCAGAUACUCAAAAGAGACUACCAUCUUCUGCACAGUCGGGUGCAUCAAACACACUUUUUCCACCUGGACACUCUGGCACACAAUCGACUCCUGUUAUUGAAGAAAUUCCAGAACAACCAACAUCUCUUGCGCAUUUGGGUACAACAAUAACGCCAGGGCAUCCUGUAAACCCUGGCACAUCAGGUAUACAACCGCAUUUUCAAGCCUCUGGAACACCAGGGACUUCUAGUUCUCCAAGGAGUCCUACAGAUCCUAGACAAUUGGAAAUACCAAAGAUUAUUGUUACUCCAAGUACUCCACGUAGUCUAUAUUUUAAACCUUCUGCCACAUCAAGAACACAAACGUAUUCUCAAGAUUCUAGAAUCGCAGAGAAUGAAGAACCACGUCGUCCUAUGCAGAUUGCCUUACAAAAAAUAUAUAGUAACUUAGGUAGAAAAGCCAUUCUUAGACGUACUAACACAUCAGAAACAUCAAUAAAAGUGUCAGAUACUUCUUCUUCAGAUAAAGCAGGCUCUUCUGAAUACAUUGGCAUAUUAAAAGUGGCUGAAAUACCACCGUCUUGCAUUCAUGAUAUAGCAAAAAUCCCAGAGAGACUAUCAUCUUCUGCACAAUCGGGUGCAUUAGAAACACUUAUCCAGCCUAACAUACCAUCAACUUCUAUUAUAACAGAAACUACAACAAUAACAUCAUCUCCUGCAUAUUUUGCUGGACCAAAAACAACAUCGCCUCCUGAAUAUCUUGGCAUAACGUCGACCUCUGAUAUUGUAGAAACACCAGCAAGAACAUCACCUCCAGCACAUUCGGGUUCAACACCUUUAGCACAUUCGGAUUCACCACCUUUAGCACAUUCGGAUUCACAACCUUUAGCACAUUCGGAUUCACAACCUUUAGCACAUUCGGAUUCACAACCUUUAGCACAUUCGGAUUCACAACCUUUAGCACAUUCGGAUUCACAACCUUUAGCACAUUCGGAUUCACAACCUUUAGCACAUUCGGAUUCACAACCUUUAGCACAUUCGGAUUCACCACCUUUAGCACAUUCGGAUUCACAACCUUUAGCACAUUCGGAUUCACAACCUUUAGCACAUUCGGAUUCACAACCUUUAGCACAUUCGGAUUCACAACCUUUAGCACAUUCGGAUUCACCACCUUUAGCACAUUCGGAUUCACAACCUUUAGCACAUUCGGAUUCACAACCUUUAGCACAUUCGGAUUCACAACCUUUAGCACAUUCGGAUUCACAACCUUUAGCACAUUCGGAUUCACCACCUUUAGCACAUUCGGAUUCACCACCUUUAGCACAUUCAGAUUCACCACCUUUAGCACAUUCAGAUUCACAACCUUUAGCACAUUCGGAUUCACAACCUUUAGCACAUUCGGAUUCACAAACUUUAGCACAUUCGGGUUCACCACCUUUAGUACAUUUGGGUUCACCAACUUUAGCACAUUCGGAUUCAACACCUUUAGCACAUUCGGAUUCACAACCUUUAGCAUAUUCGGAUUCACAACCUUUAGCAUAUUCGGAUUCACAACCUUUAGCAUAUUCGGAUUCACAACCUUUAGCAUAUUCGGAUUCACCACCUUUAGCAUAUUCGGAUUCACAACCUUUAGCACAUUCGGGUUCACAACCUUUAGCACAUUCGGGUUCAUCAUCUUUAGCACAUUUCGGUUCACAACCUCCGGCACAUUUGAAUUCAACAUCUGUAGCACAUUCGGGUUCAUACCUUCUAGCACAUUUAGGUUCACCACCUCCAGCACAUUUGGGUUCACCACCUCCAGCGCAUUUGAAUAUACCACAAACACCAUCGCAUCCUAGAUAUCUUGGCAUAUCUGCCAGUAUAAAAACAAUAGUAAGAACACCAUCUUCAACAGAUUUGAGUACACCAAGAACAUCAUCACAUUCUGAAUACCACGGCAUAUCAUCGACUCCUGGUAUUGUAGAAUCUCCAACAAGAAGACAACUGCCAACACAUUUGGCACCACCACCUCCAACAUAUUUAGGUUUACCACAUCCAACACAUUUGGGUUCACAACCUACAACACAUUUGGGUUCACCACCUCCAGCACAUUUGUUUUCAAUACCUCCAAUACAUUUGGUUUCACUACCUCCUGUACAUUUGGAUUCGUCAUCUACAGCACAUUUGAGUACACCAAGAACAUCAUCGCAUCCUGAAUACCCUUGUAUAUCUUCGACUCCUGCUAAUGUAGAAAUACCGACAAGAAUACAACCUCCAACACAUUUGGGUUCACCACCUCCAACACAUUUGAAUUCACUACCUCUUACACAUCUGGAUUCAUUACCUAUUACACAUUUGAGUUCACAACCUACAACACAUUUGGAUUCACGACCUCCAACAGAUUUGGGUUCACAAUCUACAACACAUAUAAGUUCACAACCUCCAAUAAAUUUGGGUUCACAACCUCCAACAGAUUUGGGUUCACAAUCUACAACACAUAUGGGUUCACUACCUCCAGCAUAUUUGUUUUCACUACCUCCAAUACAUUUGGUUUCACUACCUCCAGGACAUUUGGAUUCACUAACUCUUACACAUUUGGGUUCACAACCUACAACACAUUUGGAUUCACAACCUACAACACAUUCGGGUUCACAACCCUCAUUACAUUUGGGUUCACAACCCUCAUUACAUUUGGGUUCACAACCUCCAACACAUUUGGGUUCACAACCUCCAACACAUUUGGGUUUAGCACCUCCAGCACAUUUGGGUUUAGCACCUCCAGCACAUUUGGGUUUAGCACCUCCAGCACAUUUGGGUUUAGCACCUCCAGCACAUUUGUUUUCACUCCCUUCAAUACAUUUGGUUUCACUACCUCCAGUACAUUUGGAUUCGCCAUCUCCAGCAUAUUUGAGUACAUCAAGUACCCCAUCGCAUACUGAAAACCUUGGUAUAUCGUCGACUCCUGCUAUUGUAGAAUCACCGGCAAGAACACAACCUCCAACACAUUUGGGUUCAGCACCUCCAGCACAUUUGGUUUCACUACCUCCAAUACAUUUGGUUUCACUACCUCCAGUACAUUUGGAUGCGCCAUCUCCAGCAUAUUUGAGUACACCGAGAACGCCAUCGCAUCCUGAAUACCUUGGCAUAUCGUCGACUCCUGCUAUUGUGGAAAUACCGACAAGAACACAACCUCCAACACAUUUGUGUUCACCAUCUCUAGGACAUUUGGGUUCACUACCUCCAGCACAUUUGGAUACAUUAGGAACACCAUCGCCUCGUGUAAACUCUGACAUAUCAAGAAACAAACCGCAUUCUCCAUACCCUGGCACAUCUGAAACUUACAAAUUUCCAGAUAAUCCAAGACCGCCUAAUCAAUAUAGUAUACCAGGUACUUCUGAUACUUUAGAUACAUCUGGACACCAGAAUGACACUUCAGAAACGCAACCAUAUCCUGUAUAUUCUGAGACCCCAGAAACUUAUGAUACUUCAAGUAGACAGGACAUUCCUGGGAAUCGUGGUACAUCAGAAACAUAUCCUGAAUAUCAUGAUACAUCUGAUAUUCCAAGUAGACAAGAUACUUCUGAAUACGACGAUAAUUCUGAUACCUCAAGAAUACUAACGUAUUCUAGAUAUCCUGUCGUACCUAGGCCUACUAUCUCUCCUGAUAGACAAAGACCUCUUGAACGUGACAGAACAAGAACUUCUUCAAGUAGAGUAGACUAUUCUGGAUAUCGUGGAAAAUCAGGAGGAAAACAACAUGCCGAAUAUCCUGACACGUCAGAAAGAUCUAACAGACCGAAUAUACCACCCUAUCCGCCUUAUCCACUACAUCGAAGCUAUAAUGGAUCUCUUAGAUACCCGUCAGCUUAUCCUAGGAUUCUGGGAACAAGCGGAAGACCCGGUUUAUUUGGAAAGCCAAAUUACCCAAUUCAUGUUAAAUAUCCAUCUUAUUUCAAUGGCCCUGAGGGCCCUGUUGGACCAAAAGAACCUAUUGGUGAUAUAGGCGAUAUUGGAGACGUCGGUGGUGAUGGUGAAGCAGGCCCGGAUGGUCCAUGGCCAACCGGAUCUCCAGGACCUGACGGACCAUGGCCUGGUGAUCCAGAUUAUUACUCAAGUGUAAUACAUUCCGCGAAAUCACGUUCUCGUGGUCCUGUGAAAAUUUUACGGCUCAAAUCUUAUACGCCGAUAAAUAUUAGUUCAUCGAUAAAAACAGAUUUUCCAGGACAAAUUAAUUUAAAAUCACUUAUAAAAUCGAAUAUUGCUAGUGCAAUAAAUAAUGAUAAAUUAUCAGAAGUUUCAUAUCCUAUCAAAGUAAGCAAAAUCGUCGAUUUGGAUCAUAGUAAAUUUAAAAUGCAAGAAUAUGAACAAAUUGAUGAAGGAAAUGUUAACCAUAAUGCGAAAGAAAUUAAUUCAUUAAUGCAUGAUACGUUGAAAACGUCAGAUCAUCUGAAGCAUACAUUCUCGAAAAAUCUAGAAAAAGAUGAAAUUACUGAUAAAAACAUUAAGACAUACGGAUUGAAAAUUGAACGUAAACAAAAUAAUCAAUACGAGGUAAUAGAGGACAUUAAGCGUGCAGAAGAACCGAAAGAAGACUUGGAAGAAUUCCCUGUUCAUCGUCAGAAACAAUACCGAAAAGAAUAUAAAUUUUCUGCCAAUCAUACUUUUGCAUCCCAAGAUAUUAUUAAAGAUGCAUUAGAACAACCUUAUGAAAUAAACCAUCAAGGAAGCCGCCUUAUAGUACAUACGAAGUUGAAUAGAAAUGAAGAAAACAAAGGACGAGAAAAUAUUGAUUCCCCCGAAAACGAAACUAUUGCUAUAAUGAAACAGAUAAAUACAUCGUCGGAAGGUGAACAAACAGAUCAUAGAAUAAACGCAACAGGAGUUCAACCACCACAUCCGGUCAAUAUUAAGUCCUUUUCAUUACCCUUAGGACCGAAUCCUCAAGCUUGUCCUUGUUACUUAGUUGAAUCGCACAAGGAAAACGAUAUUACUAGCAGCACAACAUCCGCUCCUCCUCUCAUUGGUCAGCUUGGAUUCAUUCCUGUCAUUUUUAUACCGUAUUGUCCUGGCAACAAGGCAGAUAGUCACAAAAUGAAACUUAUGUAUCCCUCCGCAACACCUGUUCCGUAUCCAUGCAAUGCAUGUACCACGUCAGGUGAAAAUAUAGAAACAAAACUUCUUGGCUUACAAUUAGAUCAACUUGGCAAUAUUGAAAAUUUAAAGGACGUCUUGAGUGUGGCCAAUCUUGGAUUUUUGAAUGUUCCAAUCAGAAACGUUGUUGAGAAGAGAAAAAUCAGAAAUAGGAAAGUAGUAUAAUGAAUCUAGUUAACUUAUUCAUAUUAAUAUACAAAAGAUAUUAUUUUUUUCUCGGGGAAGAGAAGUAUUCGUUCUUAUAAGAAUUAAAUAUGAAAUAUUGGAAGUAUCCCUCUGCCAGCUGCAGGUCAGCUAAUAGAUGGUCGUCGAUUCGAUGAUAUUAAAACUUAAACAUUACUUAUUGUGCAUAAUACUUUAGAAUGCAUGUCGACUGACCGACCCAUGUACAUAUUGCAUCCAAACGACUUUAUUAAACGAUUAUGAUUAUUCGUGCAUGAAACAUCACGCAUGAAAAUAUAAGUCGUUUAUAGAUUAAUGUUUUUAUUAUACCGACGAUAUUUUUAAAUUACUCUUCAUCUUGAAUAUUGCGACAAACCCAUUUAAUGAAUACUAAGCUUAAGUAAAUAUUAUUCCUUUACGUACUAUUUUGUCAAAUCUUCAAGGAAAAUGCAAAAACAAAGUUAUUCCACAUACACAAUUUUAGUGCGCUUGAUUAUUUCCUUAGACGCAUUUAUAAAUAUUUAUAAAUAUUGUGCAAUACCAAUAUAGAUAAAUGAACAUUAAUCAUUAUGCAUAUAUACGUGUGUGAACAAUUAUUUAUAAUAUAUUAGAAAAAAUAAGAGAUUAGUUAAUAUAAAUUGUAUUAUAUUUUAACAAUAUUUAUAUACAUAUUUGAUUCGUUUAAAAUUUUAAAUACUUUCAUAAAAACUAUCCAAUUAGGUCCAACAAAUUUAUUUUAACGUCCGAAUUUUUACGUCCGAAUAUAUUACAUUUUAUAUAAUGAACUAAUUACUAAUUAUUAUGUUCUCGUUGGUUAUAUUUAUUUCUUUAAGUUUUCCCUACUUCACAUUUAAAUGUCAUGUUAAUAUUUACUACAAAUCAUGUAUUAAUUAUGUAUGUUAAGUAUUAUUCAAAUAUACGAAACAACAUCAUUUAGUUUGAAAAAUAAACACUUUCCGUAUUUUAAUAUUAUUAUGUUGUUACAAGGUACGUACAAAAAAAAACGACUACUGAUUUUAUGUAUUAGCAUUAUACAUAUAUA